UCUGACUCGCCGCCGGAAAGGUAAAAUGGCGCAAACAAAUGAUGUUGUUCUGGCUGUGUUCAGCAAGAUGUCAUACGACGAGCUGGUUUUGUGCUUGCCUGUGCUAUAUGCCGAGGCCCCCGAUGCUCAGUGGCGUGACAUUGCCCUUGAGGAAACCUUAGAUCGAAUGAUUAAGGCGUUUAGUAGUGGGCCUGGGGAUUAUUCAAGUCGUCAAGAAGGAAGUGCACUCCUGGAGCUAGCAUGUCUGCUGGCGAGAGACCCGGCUACAAAGGUAGCUCUAUUUACACAGUGGCUCCAGAUUUCGCCUGGGUACGCCCCACCGGAGAUGUGCGUGGCUGCUCAACUGUUUAAGGACAUCGUCCAACGUUACGGUGCAUUCCCCACGUUUGAAGGCUGCAGUGAAGCUGGAAAAGCGCUUGGCCUUCAGUUCCUUGAUGUUGUUUCUGGUGGUGAAGGCUGGAGGACCAAGCCGCUCGACGAAACAGUUGCUGACCUCUCCAAGCAGUACGGUCCACCCACAAGGCGGUUUGUGACAUAUGAUGACUACAAAGCCGAUGUAGCUGCAGCUGAACGUCUGAUUGCUGAUGAAGGAGGCCUCUCCAAGUUUCUUUGCAAUACGAUGCUUGAGAAACAUACGUUCCGGUCAACACUUUCACAUAGAAGAUUCGGCUUUUUCUGUCCCAGAUCUGACCCUACAAGCCCGUAUGUUGAAUCCGAUGAUAUAGAUGAAACAGGCCAAAGAUGCAACUCCCUGAAUAUUCCUCCACAGGUUAAGAUAGAGCUGGUCAAGAUCCUGACUGCUUGCAACUUGUCAUCCUUGCCCGGUCACGGCCGUGAGUUUCCGCAAGAAUGCGUGCCCUCGGACUCGAGCGACGAGGAUCGUGACGACGAGUCUGAGAAACCUUCGAUCAAGUUGCAGAAGGGCAGUCGAAAGAGAAAGGCUACGAGUGAGGAUGAGGCAAGUGGAUCGAAGGUGCGUCGCAAGAUGCCCGCACGAAAGAAGCCGAAAGUGCUUCCUAAACCUGCCAAAAAAGACGACUGGUCAUCAAUGAGUUGGUCCAUGUUUGCGUAUGUCCCCCAGGUCGCUGCAAGACGUGCUGCGCCAGCUUUAGACAUGCCUCACCAAGACUCCCCAGCUCCAUCUUCGCAUGCUCCUUUGCCAGGACCAUCUUCUGCACACUUGUCACCCGCUCCGUCCAGUCCCGCAGCUUUGUCUGUCGAGGACUUGGCUGCCGCCGAUGACCAAGCUGCUCCAUCAUCCUCUAAUGCAGCUGCUUCUACUGGUGCUGCCCCUGGAAACUUUGCUGCAUCUGUGUCACCUCAACUGGUCGCUGCUGUCGCUGCCGCCGCUAACGCAGCAGCACCAUUCCUUCAAGCCUCCGCAGCUCACGUGCCUCACGUAGCUCCAGCACCUGCUUUGGCCCAGGCCCCUGUUGUGGCUCCGGCUCCUGGCUUGCAUCAAGCCCCUGCUGCACAGGUGCUGGCACCUCUUUUUGUGGCUCCAGCGCCCGCCGCCCAAAUUCUGGUCGCGCCAGCCCCUUUGGCUGCACCAGGGCCUGUGAAAGUUGGCAAGGCCAGGAAGCAGCGCCAGCAGGCCGCGCCUUACACACCUCGGAGAUCUUCAAGAGCAGCUGCCCAGUCGGCUACGCAGAAAAUCCACGAGCUUUUUGUGAAAGUCGCCCCUGCACCCAUGACUGCAGCAAUUCCGGCACCACCUGCAAUCUUCUUUCCUGCUCCACAUGCAAACGUCUUACAACAACCUGUCGCUGCUCCUGCCAAUGUCUUGCCACAACAUGUGGCUGCUCCUGCUGACGUCAAUCCUCCACCUGCCCCUGCACCUGCGGCCAACCCUCUGAUUCCACGGCGCCCGAGGCGUGACUGGAGCGCUCCUCCUGUUCUUGGAACUCGAAGAUCCACGAGGGCUGCAGCGAAGGUGGCGAAGGCAAAAAUCCACCACUGCCUCGAGAGAAACGCCAACCUUGCCACCUUCGUUUACUCCAACUGAGGCGCCCACCAUUGUCAAACGUCUGAAUCUGCCCAUUUUAUUAUGCUUAUCCACCCAGAUGGGUGCUCCCUCUAAGGACUCAAUUUUUUUGUUUCAAUUUUUAUACAUCCCAAACAAUCAAAAAAGAAACAGAAAAAAACAGUUAAAUCAGGUUUGUUAAAAUUGCUCUAAACAAUUUCGUUGGUGUCACGGCGAUUUUAAUUAACUUCCCUUCCGUCACUUGCAACUAGGUUUAAGUGGGGCUUCUGAUUCUGACUCAAGUCAAACGGCUAUAUGAUAUCGUGCAAAAUCUAAGAUGCCGAUGCAAAACUUUAAAAAUUUUCAAUUAGGCCAUGUGGUUUUUGCGUCAAGUCGCGUCCGUAGCAUAUUUAUUUUGAUCUAUUUGAUUUAUCUUGAUAAUUUUUGCUCUUGAUAAUUUUUUCUCAUUGCGGCUUUGAAGAGAAGAGACGUAAGCAAGUGGCGUUUUGCGUAUAGUUUUUAUCAAGACUCGGUAGUUCAAUAUGGUGCUUUUUUUAAAGGUUUUUUUGGCAAAUCGAACCAAAUAUACCACUUUUGCUUACAAUUUUGGAGAACCAUUAACAGGCCAAUUUCGGAAAAAUUAAUAUAAUUUAGUAUGGCGUGGAAAUAAGACUGAGGAAGAUUUUUAUUAAUCCUCUGUGUCUUUUGAUGAUUUUUUUUAAACUGCAAAUGCAAUCCGCAUUUGUAAUAGGCAAAAAGCUCGUUCAUUAUUAGGGAAAAUUGAAACUACGAUUAAAAAUUUUCUGUAUACUCAUUUGCUUAUAAGGUAGAUUAAUUUAUUGUUUUAUUUGCAACGAAAACUUGAUUGCCAUUGAAAAAAUUGCCAUUGGAAAAAGUUUAUUCUAAAGCUUGCGUAGUUUUUGUUAUAAAAAAUUUAAAUAUUUGUUUAUUAAGGAAUUUGCAAUAUUUUAUAAAAAAAAAAAAAAAAAAAAUUCCGCCAACACCGGGACUUGCUGCGUGACUCAUGCAGUUGAAAAUGGAACGAAAGAAACAGAACAAAUUUCACUAAUUUUUAUAGUCACACGAAGGAAACUUAAAAUUGCGUAUUUUGCAGCCCGCCUGUUUGCAGUUUUGCAGAGGUCACUCGUUUUCAAAGUUUUCAAUGAGUGGAGUUUGAUUUCAGAAACAAAAAACUCUGAGGGAGGGUGGGUGAAAAAACAAUCAUUUCCUUUGCCUCAGUUGGACAUUAGUCGCGCUUGCCUUGAUCGUAGGGCCCACGUUUGAUGCAAAGCGGCCAAUGAACAACAGAGAGAAGCUCGGCACUCUUUUGCUAUUUUUGUUCAACUCUCUUGAAUUUGCUGAGAAAUUGAAGCCGUUUUUAAUUAAAAUUACUGUAAAUGCGCUUUACAAAUGAAAGUAGAAAUAAUAAAAUGCUCUUAAUUCUGACAAAUAUUUGAACAAAGGUGCCUGGGCAGUAAAGUAGCUGCGCCAAAUGACGCAAAAAAAAAAAAAUAAUAUUUAGCAAAACUCAACGUUAAUUCUGCGAGCAAAGUCUGACUAGCUGCGAUAUAGUUGAAGAUUGAUAAUGAAUUACCGAACCAGCAAUCAAUGCUUGACUACCGAUUGGAUUUUUUUCAAUGAAAACAGAAUUGGGACUGAAAGAAGGUGGAUCGCCUUUCAUCCGAAAGUGCUUUUUCGGACUCGAACGUACGACGACCUCAAAAGAAGCGUUUCAAGCGUUGAAAUAAUGCGCUUUUCACUCAGGCUCUUGAGCCUGAAAAGAAAUUUACAUUUAUAUAUAUUUGCAAAAAUAAAAUGCAAUAUUUAGGAAUCAGAGUUGUUUUGUCAACAAAUUUGUUUCAAAUGGCACCAGACAUGUUUUACAGUAUCAUCUUUUUGAGAGGAAAUAAAAUUUUUUAAGAUAAAAAUUUUUAUUUUUUAUAAGUUGUGCCCAAAUCGAGAAAUAACGUAGUUUAUUUAAAAAAAAUUGAAUAAACCUGCAAGUACAAGUGAUUUGCGAGACCGAAACUGAUAAGAAGGAAGUCUGAAAGCAAAAUUAAUACUCGGAAAAACAAAAUGAAUAUUCAGUUCACUCACUGCUUCGUGAUCUAGAAAAAAAUAGUUAGUGAUGCGAUUUAAUGCUACAAUUUUAGUAUAGAAAUCAAACUCCAAAAUAAUUAUUAUUAUAACAAAAAAUGGCUUGGUGUUUUUUUUUGUUGGACUGGAGAAAUUAUCUAGAACAUCCAAAUAAUACCAGAUGUUUAGGAAAGUCUCUAUUUUAUGUCAAGAAUAUCAAUUCUAUAAACAAAGGAAAAAUCAUCAAUUUAUAUAAAAUAUGGAAACAUUGAAUGAAUUGCUCGUUGCCUGUUUUUAGAAAAGAAAAAUAGAAUGAAGCACGAUCAAUUGAAAUUAUCACCGUUGGAAAAAGAAAAAUAAGCAUGAAUAUUAGAAAUGGUGAUUUGUCAUAGUUAGGAGCAAUUACCUAGAAGCUCUAAGAAUUACCAGAUGUUCAGGAUUGUCUCCGUUUAUUUCAAGAUCAUCGACUCUAUAAAGAGAAAAUAAUCAUUAAAUUAAAAAAAAAAUUGAGCAAAAAUUGAAAUAAUUGCUCGUUGCCUGUUGUUAGCAAAGAAAAAAAAUAGAAUUUAACUCGAGCAAUUGAAAUAACCACUGAAGUUUAUUUUCACUGCUUGUAAUUUAACAAGAAUAGUGUAUGAAUUACACGCCGACCUCUGCAAACUCUGCUACGAAAACACUCAAAUUGCGAUAAAAAAAUCUCAAUGACUGAGAUUAUAUUAUAAUAUAUCGAGACCAGAAUCUUGUUCGUCGAAAUUUAAGCGCGCCUCUGCCUCCCAGCCAUAAUGGCCAACAAACUUCUUCGCUGAAAUAGUGCUAAGCUCAUUCAUGUGCUGCGAUGUGAAAAGUUAUUUAGAGUUGUGUGAAAAAAUUUAAUUUUCGUGGUGGCUUAAAUUUGGUUCCUGCCAAUAUUGAGGACGAAAGAAAUUCUUUGAAAACAGUGAGAAUUGGAACUUGUAAUUAACUCAAUCCAAAAUUCCACAUAAAUAAGAAAAUUUGCGCCGUCGUGAAAUAGUCAUUUGCGAUUAUUGAGAUCAGGAGUCAGAGGUGUCGCGGUCUAUCUAGAAAUCCGGGUGCGAAUGAAAAAAUGCUCAUUGUUAAUAAAACUGGUAAAAAACUGCGAGUUGUUGGUUCCGGCAGACGUCGUCAUGGGGCUGGUCCGGGCCACAGUAGAAAAAUUAGGCAAUUAGGAAAGGAAAUUAGGGACGGUUCUCCUGGUCGCCUGGUCACUUGUAAAAAAUGGAAAAGCUGCAGCAGAAGAAUCGGCGCUCGGCAAACAAAUCCAAAGCAAUUGGCUGUGAUAUUUUUCUCUCCUGCCGAGAGAGAACCUGCGAUACAUUCUGUUGGAAAUUUAUUCCGAAAUGCAACAGGAAAGUGAUAAACCUGUGAUACUGACAGUGAUAUUUUUGAGGAAUCGCUUGCGGUGAUUUUUCACUGCAUCGCCUAACUUGGCCAUCUGCGAGCGUUUCUUUGGCGCAUCAAUUAAUUUUUAUUUUACUUCGAGCAAAAAAUAUAACGAAAUCAGCCAGAGUGUCCAACUGGAUGUAGGGAAAUCUGCGAGACUUACAAGAAUCCUGAUUUGAAUUGCGAGAAACGUUGAUUUUUUUUAUCCCGAAUCGUCCGAUAGGUAAUAAAAUGAGGAAAAAUUCGCACAUCAGUAAUAACCGUUCACGAAAUGAUUUCUACGGCACAUGGAGUGCUGCUUCAAUUAUUCAGCAAUGACUGACUUGGCUGAAUUGGAAAAGGUUGGACACUCUGGGUCUGCGAAGAGCCGCUCGACCUUAAAUUUAUGGAGAAAAUCGCGCCAAAAUGUGCCCCAGCAAAAUUGGCACUUGCGGAAAAAACUAUUAGCGAGGUCGAGCGGGUUGCGUCGUGAAAAGUGACCAGGCGCCCCAUGUCCCCGAAACGAUCGGCAGGGCUAGAGACGUGCGGGGGAGGUGUUCGGAAAAGGGCACCCUCCCUUCUCGGACGUCUCGUUUGGGCAGUCGGGGUCUCUGCGGGGUUGCGCGCUCAACACGGUGGUUCCGACGCACCCCUUUGACGUGGG